CGAGAGAGAGACGGGGGGAAGAGAGCCUAGCGAUUUAGGAGGAAGGAAGAAGAGGUGAGGUUUCCAUUUUCAUGAUCGAAAGCGACUGUUCUUCUCGGCGCCAUUACGAACGAGAGAGAGAGACGGAGAGGGUUAGAACGACCAGACUCGCUGGGAGAGGAGCAAGUGAGAGGAAGUGGAGCCUAGCUUAGCCCCAUGGGGUCAAAGGCGGAGGAGCCUGGUGGGGGGGGAGGGUCGAUCGACAUCCACCUGGCAGUAGCGCACAACCGGGAGGACCAGAUCAAGCAAUACGUCGAUGCUGGAGGAGACUUGGACAAGAGGGACGGGAACAAUUUGGCGCCAUUGCACAUAGCGGCCGCGGGGGGGUUCUGCAACGUUGUCGAGUUCUUGCUCAAGCACAAGGCAGGGGUGGACGUGACGAGCAAAAUCGGGCACACGCCUCUUCACCUCGCUUGCCGAUUCGGACACCUUCCAGUCGUCUUGCUCCUCCUCGCCGAGGGUGCGGAGCUAAACGCCAGAGAUGCGGAUGGGAACUCCCCUCUCCAUAAGGCCGCGAGCAACGGCAAGGCCCAGCUCUGCCGGGAGAUGGUGAAGAGGGGGGCGGACAUCGAUGGCAGAAACAAGACCGAAUACACUCCUCUGCACUGGGCUUGUUUCAAGGGGCACAAAGCCGCCGCGGAGCAGCUGCUGAAGUGCGGGGCGAACAUCGACGCCACCAGCUCGAGGAGAGCGACGUCGCUUUUCAUGUCCACCUACUACGGACACGUCGAUGUCACGUUUCUUCUCCUCGCGUGGGGUGCCGACGUGACAGUCGCAAACGAAGAAAACGUUAAGGCUGGCGAGACGUUCCUGCCUGAGAUUCCGGAGGCACAGCAAGGUCAGAUCAAAGUGUUGUUGAAGGAGAGGCAGCCGUUGCUGAUGAAGGGAUAUGAGGCCGCGCGACGGAACAUGGCGCUCAUGUACAUGAGGUCGGAGCGGAGCGAUCUCAACCUCCGCAUGUCUCAGGGCGAGGUGGAGACCCUCUGGGGGAAGCUCGCGAAACGGGAGAAGGAGCUGAACAUGAGCAAAAUGGGAGCGAGGGACCUUUCCCACGCGGUGAAGGCGAUGAAGAGUGCCCUAGAGCAGGGACGCAACGACGCAAAGGCCAUUCGAGAGAAGCUGGCCGCGCUGGAGACCGAACUUAACGAAGCUAAGGACGAAGCCCAGGAGCAGCGCGAGCGCGCUGCGAGGGCAGAACGAUCCUACGCGAUGCUUCUCGAGAAGGGUCGGAGGAGAGUUUCUUCUUGCGAACGGGACGGCGAGGAGGCGCGGUCCUCGACGCUCCAGCGGGAUCUGCAGGCGGAGGAGGAGGGGGGAAGGGUCGAGAAGUCGUCCGUCAAGGUGGGCGGGUUGACCCAGUCGUACUCGAAGGACGGGGCGCCGGAGUGGAAGUGGCUGGGGAACUGCCCGAAGGAUGGGAAACGGUCGCCAGGUUCCUCGAUAUCCUCGCCUCCUCCCCUCCUGCCCAGGGUGUCCUCCGCAGCUACCAACAGCCUCGAUCCCACCUGGCAUUUUGAUCCUUCCCCCAUCCUCUCCUCGGGCAUCAUUUCGGUGCAAGCAGGCUCCACUGCGUCCUCUCCGGUGCUCACGUCGGAGUUCCCGGAGCCCGGACGGAUAGCCGCGCUGGCGUCCCGCAUCGAAACCCGACACGCCUCGCCGAAGGAAAAGAACGGCGGCAGCACCCUCGCGAGCCCCGUCCCGGCGAUCGUUCCGGGAAACGUUCCGGGGAAGACCGACGUGGGCCCGCUGGCUACGGCUUUGCCGCUGCCGACGCUGGCGGCGACAACGGCGGCGGGGCCCGCCCUGCGGAGCCGCAGCAACAGCGGCAGGUGGGUGAUGAAGCGUUGUUCGAGCUCGACGUCUCUUACCCCCGAGCCCACGGAUGGGGGCCCCGCGGAUGGUCGGAUAGGGGCGGGCUCCGGGUCUUGCAGCGCCGCCGGGUCUUCUGGGGGAUCAAGGAAUGGUAGCGUCCUCAGGCGGUCGUCUUCGUCGGCGGCGACGGCGCCGCAGCAAGAGGAUGGGGGGGGCGCCGCCGCCGUUCCGAGGAACGUGCCCAGGUCGGCGGGGUCGGCGGCGGCGGCGGCGGCGGGCAAGGACGACGACGCCCUCGCUGCGCCCGCCAGCUGGGAGCAAGGGGGAAAGAGGUGGCCUGCGCUCCUGGGAAAGAGCAGCGGCGGCAGCAGCAUCAGCAGCAGCAGCAGCUUCGGAAGCGACGACAGCGAGUUUUGCUCGGCCCUGGGAAGCCGUUCUCCUGACGCGGAAUCGGUGCCCCCCAAAGGCGGCCGCGCGGGUGGCGGCGGCGGCGGCGGCGGCGAUGAGCCCCUGAUGCUCUCCAAGGACCAGCAGGUUCGGUCCCCAGUAAACGGUGGCGAGGAAGGCGGCGUCAGCAGCAGCAGCUGCAGCGAGGCAACGCUGCCCGCCUCUCCCGACAAAGGAGGGGGUUGUGGUUGACUUGCGCGUUUGGCACCAACCGACGAAAAGGAGGGGCAUUUGUGACCGAUCUAGGGGGUCGGGACCGGCCGAGCCCAUAGCAAAAUUUGUCGAGCUGCUACCCUUUUUUUGUUUUCUCCUUGUCUAUGCUAGGGGGGGGGAGGGGGUGCUGCUGUGGCGGGUGGCGGCCAGUUGAGGUUCCGUUCGGCCCAAGGAACAAACCACCGUUGGGGGGUGAGGUAAUGUGUGCAACAUGCACGAACGAAGGCGAAACGUUGCCAGGCCUCAGUCAUUCCGAGCCGGAAACGAGCGACCAGGUGCCACCGACACCACCAAGGAAGGCAGCCGGGGUUGCAAGACAGCCGGGGUUGGAAGACAGCGGGGAAGGUAUUGGGUAAGCCUGCAAGCAAGACAUCUGCAGCACUGCAAUCUCGUCGAAUCUAGCAGGCGUCGCGGCACUCUUGGAUAGGCUCAACGUCUGCAGCACUGUUGUGGUCUAGUAGGCGUGGAGGCAUGAGAAGUUUCAACCUCGCGUAAUACAGAUACUUUUUUUUUGGCGUUCGAAGGGGGGGGGGAGGGAUGCUAGGGGUCGGAGGGCGGGUUUUACCACUGCGCCAUUGAAAUCCUGUGAGGUUUAGCGGCAAGCGAUUGUAGAAUGACCGUUUUCCUCUUGCUGUUUGUACGGUGGACUAGACCAUCUUGUUUCGUCUGUUUCAUUCGAAAGGGCAAACGACAAUUACAUCCGUGUUUGUUUGGUUGUGUUGUGUUGUGUUGUGUAGUGCCACACGGCGAUAGGAGACCCCGUCCGGCCUUGUGGCGUGUGCCACCAAGGGGGACAUGGUAAUUGCUAGUUUUUUUUUUGCAAGACGUAACCGCGGACAAGCGGCUGUGUUUGUGAUGCUUGCGUUUGUUCAAGUACGUACGUGAGCUAGGGUUUCCCGAUUUUUGCUACGUCAUGUGUUAGCUGUUGGUUGUCGAGUUACAUUGUGUCAGAUAUCGUUUUAGGUAGGGUGAAUAGAGCAACACGAAAGAUCACUACGGUUAUCUACGUACGAGAAUGAUUUCGCUGUUCAAGUUGUGCGUUAUCUUUUAUCUUGUCGGGCGGUAUAUGCUGUGCGUCAUUUGCGGGGCGGUGAUGUGUUUACGAUUAUCGGGUAGUGGUGGUCAAGAUCAUGGAGAAAUGCUUGUUCGUUUUCGGGUCCACGGCAGUUUAUAUCUGUUUGAAAAGCCGCCCGGCUGAUUUCUUGUGACGCCAAUAAUGGAGGCAUGUAUCCUAGACUACGCCGGCGAUGUUUUUUUCUCCGUCCAGAUAGCCGCGGACGCAACGCUUGCCUGUGUUGUCCUUCUGUCGAGUACGUAAUAAACUGCAUUUCUGAAACAUGUUUGGUUUGUGUCCUCAAACCACAAGUGAACCGCGGUGGGUUAUUUGUUGUGCUCUUGGACGUCUGCCGUUCACGUAUUGCUGCGUCGAUGUAACGGGUAGGUCUGAAUGCGUCGUGGGUUCUUUGUCUGUAUGUGUUAUGAAUUCGCGCCGAGUUGCACGGCGCGCUAAACAAAGGCUGUCGAGUUAUUAGCAGCGGAAUUGAGUGUUGUCUUGGUGCCGUUGUCGACUCCUUUUUCCAUUUAGUUUUUUUCCCGUAUGUCGACGGGAAGAUGAGAUGCGAGCAUUGACGGCAGCGUGGAUGGUCCGGAUUUAUGCGACACACACGGGGCAUUUUCGUCGCACCAGGGCGAUGGCAUUGACGGUAAGGUCUGCCGUGAUGAAAAGGUGUUGACGUUGUCCAGGCGUUUUUAAAAUCGACUUCGUUGGGAACAGGUU